AUGAUGAAAUUUUUUUACAAAAUCAAUCUGAAAGCAAAAAAGGAGGGGAUUUUGAUUUUUUUGAGUAUUAUUGAAAGUAAUCGUGAAAAUGCCGGGGCACGGGGAUUUGGACAGGCAGAUAGAACAAUUGAUGGAGUGCAAGCCUCUGUCGGAAGCGGAGGUGAAGACCUUGUGCGAUCAGGCCAGGGCGAUUCUGGUGGAAGAAUGGAAUGUUCAGCCGGCGGCAACGCUCCUGACACCAAUUACCUCUUCAUGGGGGACUACGUCGAUCGUGGAUACUACUCUGUGGAGACUGUCACGCUUUUGGUGGCUCUGAAAGUUCGUUAUAGAGAUAGAAUCACAAUUCUUAGAGGAAAUCAUGAAAGCCGGCAAAUCACUCAAGUGAAGUAUGGCAAUGCCAAUGUGUGGAAGUAUUUCACUGAUCUUUUUGAUUAUCUGCCCCUCACUGCACUUAUUGAGAGUCAGGUAUUCUGUUUGCAUGGAGGACUUUCACCAUCUCUUGAUACCUUAGAUAAUAUCCGAGCUCUGGAACGUAUACAGGAGGUUCCACAUGAAGGACCAAUGUGCGAUCUCUUGUGGUCUGAUCCUGAUGAUCGAUGUGGGUGGGGCAUAUCGCCCCGUGGUGCUGGCUACACCUUUGGACAGGAUAUAGCUUCUCAAUUCAACCAUACCAAUGGCCUCACUCUGAUUUCAAGAGCCCACCAGCUUGUCAUGGAGGGUUUCAACUGGUGUCAGGAAAAGAAUGUAGUAACAGUUUUUAGUGCUCCAAACUAUUGUUACCGCUGUGGAAACAUGGCUGCAAUCCUCGAAAUUGGAGAGAACAUGGAGCAGAAUUUCCUUCAGUUUGACCCAGCUCCUCGGCAAAUUGAGCCUGAUGCAACGCGCAAGACACCAGAUUACUUUUUGUGA